AUGGACGCCGAACUUACCUUUUCCGGUCAAGAAUGGGUAGGCUACGACGUUUCCGAAACUUCUGCUGGUCCUCUAAAAACAAAAGCAGAAAACUUCUCCCUGUCAUUCAAAACCGUACAUGGCAAUUCGAUGUUGUUCUAUGCAGGGGAUGAAAAGAGUUAUAUGCAAUUAUAUCUGGAAGAUGGUGCGCUCAUAGCUAGUUCAAAAUUCGCUGGCUCUGCUCCUCGGCUCGUCAGAAUUUUUAACGAAAUGCCCCGGGCGAGGUUUGACGACGAUUCUUGGCAUGCUGUAUCCAUGCAACGAUCGUUGCAGAUGGUGGGUUUGCUGGUUGAAAGGCUCUUAUAGAC